CUCGUUUCUCUUGCCUCAUGACAUUUUGACACACCCAUCUCUGCCCAAGAUGAGUCAUUUCCCCUUGUCCCGACCUCUUGAGAGGGCUUUGUGUGCACUCUUAUAUGUCCUCAAGUCGCCUGCAUGCGACAUAGGUUUUUGUUAGGGAUCCUUUUGAAUUUCCUUUGCAGCAUUAGACCUCAAAGGAAAAGCUACCGAAGAGCCUGUGUUACUCUCCAGAGAAGACCAAGCCAUCUGUGGUCAUAGGCCCAUUAAAUGGAAUGAAGCCAAACAUGCAGAGCUUACUUUUAUACUUUCUUGUUCAGUAGGCUGUUUCCUUCCUUUCAGUGUUGUACUUGUAUCAACUCUGUACACUGUGUUUCGUAUUAAUGAAAUGACCAUUCUACUUCUAAAAAAAAAAAAAAUUGAGGUAUUUAAGGUAGAUUGACUUAGUCAAGUAUGGGGUGGGGCAUUGGUUGCUAAAUUUUGGGGGGUUUUCUGAAAAUAGAGGAUUUGCUUCUCCAAACGCAGAGAAUGAAUUUGCAAAAAAAAGAAAGAGAAAGAAAAGAACUUGGGCAAAUAUUUUCACUUCAAUAAUGAUAACUGCUCUUUUUUCAUCAAAUACACAAUAAUAUUAACAAGAACGAGAGGAGGAGAAGAAAAUCAUAUAUUACUCCCGCAUACAAUAUAGAGGAAAACGGAGAAAGAAAUGUCGAAAUGCUUCAGCUUCACGGCGUCGAGGGACUGGUUCUACCGCUACUCGUUCGCAAACGCGGGGCUGCGGACGUCGAUCACCGACAUGGGCGAAGGCACGGUGGUGCACUGCUGGGUCCCGCGGUCGCAAAAGGAGACGAAGCCCAACCUGGUGCUGGUCCACGGGUUCGGCGCAAACGCGAUGUGGCAAUACGGGGACCACCUGCGGCAGUUCACGGCCAGGUUCAACGUGUACGUUCCAGACCUGCUCUUCUUCGGGCAGUCCCACACGCGGCGGGCCGAGAGGAGCGAAGGGUUCCAGGCGGAGUGCCUGAUGCGGAUGCUGCGGGCGCACGGCGUGGAGCGGGCCAGCCUCGUCGGGAUCAGCUACGGCGGGUUCGUGGGCUACAGCAUGGCGGCCCAGUUCCCCGGCGCGAUCGACCGGCUCGUGUUGUGCUGCGCCGGGGUGUGCCUGGAGGAGAAGGACAUGGAGGAUGGUUUGUUUAAGGUGCGGAACUUGGACGAGGCGGCCAGCAUUCUGAUGCCACAGACGCCGGAGAAGUUGAAGGAAUUGAUGCGGUUUUCCUUUGUUAAGCCUGCCAAGGGGGUUCCCACGUACUUCCUCUCUGACUUCAUUGACGUAUGUAUCCCCCUUCCUUCCUUCCCCUAUUCGACAACUCUCGAGUUAUUGGAACGAAAUGGUUUGUUCGUUAAACAUGAUAUCAAAACCUUCGAUUUAGAGGUCAUGACGACAUGAUUUUGAAUCCUUCCAAUCUAUAUAUGCAAACUGAAAGACUAAUGGUUUAGACCGUACAAUAGAUGAUAUGUUUAUAUAUUGAGGUUGUACAAAGUGAAAAAAAGGGUAAUGACUAUUUAUUAGUCAAACCUUUUUCGGAUUCUUUUUUAUUAUCUAAACCUAACGAAAUAUUAAGAAUUAGCCAAAUGUUAACUUCCCGUCAGCAAUUUUGUUAGAGAUAUUGACUUGGCCCAACAUGAUAUUGACUUGGAAGAGACAUGUGACGGUUAAUAUUCCAAAAUUUUAUUAUUUUAAAUAAAAAAAGUUACAAAAUUAUUAACGAUAAUGUAAAAUUGGCUAAUAUUUUAAUGCAUUACGAAAAAUUUGGCUAAUUAAUAGCAUUUUAAUAGGUUUGGAUAAUAUAAAAGAAUUUGAAAAAAAUUUGGAUAAAAAGUAGACAUUACCAAAAAAAACUCACAAAUAAACUUGCGUUUGAGAAGCAUGUAAGAGAUAAAAACUAUUAAAAAAAUACUGUCCUAGUAUCCAUGGUUAUGCACUUCAGCUAUAAUUUGUGUAGGUAUUUACUCAUAUAUCUCAUUAAAAAGGUAUAUUUGAUAAUUUUUACAAAGUAUUGUUAAUAUAUAUAUAUAUAUUGUUGAUGUGCUUUUUUAUGGUCUAAGUGAUAAAACAAAAACUUGAGUCCUUAGAAAAGUAUAAUAUUCAUAUAUAGGAUUUGCAUAUAUGUCAUAAAUUAAAAAUAGUUCAUGAUGUCAAUCAAGUUUUGAAAUUCAGAUUUGACACUAUAAGAGCACUUUUAUGUCCUCCAUCGUUUCGACAUUAUAGAUAGUUGGGCAUUUUAUGUUGAUGAGCAUGUAACACUACUCUAGUGCUCAAGUCAUCAAUUACGGGCUAAUACCAUUAUAACAGUUGAAUUAUAAAAGAAAUGUCAUUUGUAUCCUGUUAGAUAUAUUAAUCCGCAAGUUUUAUUUAAUAUAACAAUCGUGUUCCAUUGUAAGAUACUUUUGUGCCAUUAUAUACUUGUAUUAAAUACUAAUGGUCAAUGUCAAUAUCAAUACUAACAGAAUAAUAGUUUUGGAUAGGAAUGAAAUAUUUAAUAAAAU